AGCGCCCCCAAAUGGAGCAGCCCACGAGCCAGGCACCGGGUCCCAGCAGUCAACCGGGCUCCGUUCACAGGCUGUCCUUCCCUCCCAGCGGCAUUGAGAGGCACCUGGCACGCUUGCACAGUACGACGAGCACAGACAACAGGAAGUCGUUUCCUCCAUGCCAGGUGUCGGAUACGGACUCCGGUCUUGGCCGCACCAUCACUGCCGAGACGAGCGAAGAGAGCUUCGCUGGAGCUGUCGCCGCUCCCCAGGCACCGCCACCUCCGCCUCACCGUCUGUGCGGGGGUAACGUCUGCAACGGCAUCUACCGGGCGAGCGGCGCCGUCACUCCCGGAGGCGCGACCGGCGGCACUCUCGGAGGUGGUCCAGACGCCGCCCUGGACGACGGCCUGGCACACGAGAUGGCGCUGCUUCGCGUCGAGCUCGAGAUCGUGCGCUGGGAGUGCGAGAGCAUCAUCCGCCAGAAGAGGCGCCGCGACCAGGACCUGCUGGGCUCGUGGUCCAGGCGACGGCGCGUCCUGGACUGGAUGCAGCGGCACGACAGCAGCGACACUUCGUACGACCCUUCCACGCUGUCCUCCAACUCGGAAGACCGCCGCGAGGCGAGCCCGAGCCCGACGUCUUCCGUGGAAGCCCUCUGCAGCCGGACUCCGCCGCCGUCUUGCGCGGGUGGAGCCCCGGAGUCACCCGUCAUCCAGCAGCACAUUUACGAGUCCGUGGCCAGAAGUCCGUCGCCCCUGACUUUGGUGACGUCGUCGUCUCCUCACGUGCGCUCUCAAAGCAUGACCCUGAACAACAACCCGCCUAGCGGACCAGCGGGUAGAGUCCUGUCUCCGGAGCACAAGAGGUGUUCGUCGGCGAGUCCCGUGCGCCGAAAACUUCAGGCCGGCGCGCCCCUGCCAGGCCGUUCUGAGUCCCGUGAGAACUUACCGCUUCUCGUGCACCAUUAACGAGUCUCCGCAGACUCAGGCAGCG